AUGGCUUCGGGUAACCCUAGUAAAACUUAUCAGGCUUCCUGUCACUGUCAGCUGAUACGCUACAAUGUUACGUUAUCUCCGCCAUUAAAUGAUGUCAACAGCUGGGUUGUUGAGUGCAACUGUUCCAUAUGUGCACGGAACGGUUAUCUCAAUGUCUACGUUCAAAAUGAGUGUAUUCAGUUUGAAACAAUCGGCCUGGAAUCGGACCUGGUUGAGAAAUAUCGAUUCGGCAAGGAGCGGGUGCAGCACUAUUUUUGCAGCAGGUGCGGUAGCAGUCUGAUGGCAGAAAGCAUCGAACCGGGCUUUUACGAAGGCGUCAAGGCCCUCAAUGUCCGCAUGUUUCACGAUGUUGACGUGAGGACGCUACAGCGCCGCCAGGUUGAUGGCAAGAGUCUUUGA